CUUUGAUUUAGAAAUCGGAGACCCUGUUUAGAUUCGGGAAGGUCAGCGGUGUCCACUUCUAAGGAAAUUUGGUUUAAAAUCAGGAUCUGGGAAGCAGGAAGGGGAAAGAAUCAAAGCUGCUGAUCAUGAGGAAGAAAGCCGAGAUUUGGAGGAGAGCCUUGGAUCCCUGGCUUAGAACCACAAGUUGAAUGUUACACUACAGGAAUAAUGCAUUUUCUAUAAAUAAACUCUUUCUUCUGCCUGAUACUGCAUCUGCCCUGUGCCAUGGGCUUUAGGCCUCUUUGAAACAAGGGAUGGUUCUGUCUUGAGAGGAUCUGCCUAUGUGGGAGUGUAUAAAGUAUAAAGACUGAACUUGAGGAGAGUUGGAGAAAUAAUGGAGGACUUUACCACCAGAACCUAUGGGACCAGAGGGCUUGACAAUAGGCCACUCUUUGGAGAGACUUCACCAAGGGAUAGAAUAAUCAACUUAGCUGUUGGCAGCGUAACAUCCUUGCUGCUUCUAGUCACUCUAAUCAGUGCUUUUUUCUUUCCUCAACUACCUCCAAAACCGGUGAAUAUAUUUUUUGCUUUCUGCAUCUCCUUGUGUAGUGUUUCAGCUGGCAUUCUUAUUUACUGGUAUCGACAAGGAGACCUUGAACCUAAAUUUAGGAAUCUAAUUUACUACAUAUUGUUUUCAAUUAUUAUGUUAUGUAUAUGUGCCAAUCUCUACUUCCAUGAAGUGGGGAAAUGACUGUCAUAGGGCAUACCCUUGAAGACAUAAAGUUGUUCCAGGAUGCCAUGGUAGAAAGUGCUCUCAGGACAUAUACCUGACCCCAAAUGGAGAAAGAUUCAUCAGCGGAAGUGGCAGAGGGGAACCUGAGUUUUCAGGCAAAUUAUAUUUGACUGGUCUUUCCUUGUGGCUGCUGUCAUGACAUAACAUCUCUGCUUCUUGGGGGAAAACAGGUACUAGGGCACUUAAUGAACAUUCCAACCUUGUACAUGUGUCUCAGAAUAGCACGAGCUUUUUCCUUUUGGGAAAAAAUUGCAUUUUUAUUACACUGUACAAAAACUGCAGCACUGCAAAUGUCUGUACUUCAGUAUAAAUAAAAGGCAUUCUACUGUUACA